AUGCCCAUUAUCGACACUACCCAAGAUCUCCCCGCUCUGUUUAAGAAGCAAGUACAGAGUACCCCCGAUGCGAUUGCUCUGGAAGAUGGUUCCGCUAUAUACACAUACACAGAGCUAGACCAUGAAGUGGAAAAGCUAGCAACUCAACUCCGCCGGUACGGUGUCAGUCGCGAUUCACUAGUUGGAGUGUUACUUCCCCGUGGUGCCCACUACGUGAUUGCCUGUUUAGCUGCGCUUCGUGCUGGUGGUGCAUUUUUGGUUCUGGAGUUGGCAUACCCCGCGGGUCUGUUGGCUGAUGUUAUCGAGGAUGCCAACCCCGCCGUGGUAAUUACCCACCAAGUGGAGGCGCCCCGUGUCAAAGCUCAAUGCCCGGUGAUCGCAUUAGACCAACCAACAGCCGAAGUAAAUGGAGACGCAAAAGUGUCAGCACCACUACCUACCAGCGAUGAUUUGGAUCGUCUGGCAUUUGUCUCAUAUUCUUCCGGCACCACAGGAAAACCCAAGGGAAUCGCAAACCCACACAGAGCACCCGUGCUUUCUUAUAACCUGAGAUUUGGAAUUCAGGAUCUACAGCCCGGAGACCGAGUAGCGUGCAAUGUGUUUUUCAUUUGGGAAAUUCUUCGCCCACUACUGCGGGGUGCGACUGUUGUCACUGUCCCCGAUGAUGUUAGCUAUGACCCUGCCGCAUUGGUCGAUCUUCUUGCUUCUAAACGAAUUACCGAAACUCUUAUGACCCCCACCCUAUUGGCUACCGUUCUCUCCCGAUAUUCCUCCGGUCGGCUCAUUGCCCGUCUUCCCGAUCUACGAACACUAUGGUUAAACGGCGAGGUAGUAACCACGGAUCUUGCCCGCCGAACAAUCAGCGCUCUACCGAAAACAAGAUUGCUCAACUGCUAUAGCGCAUGCGAAACACACGAAAUCGCCUGCGGGGAUAUCCGGGAGAUGAUCGAUGAUUCUAUCUACUGCCCCGUCGGACCUCCUCUCGAUCCAAAGCACAUCUAUAUCUUGAAUGAAAAUGGUGACGAGGUGGAGUCAGGUACCGCGGGCGAGUUGUUUAUCGGUGGAGAUCUUCUUGCUCGUGAAUAUCUGAACCUCCCAGAGACAACGGCUAAGGCUUUCACUCCAAAUAAAUUCGUUUCUGCACCGGGCGCUCGGAUGUAUAGAACUGGUGAUCUGGCCCGGAGGCUCCCAUCGGGCCUAUUAGAGAUUACCGGUCGAGUGGGUGCGAUGAUCAAGCUUCGUGGAUACUCAGUUGUUCCUGCCAAGGUCGAGAGCGACAUUUGUCAGUAUCUGGCUGUCAGCCACUGUGCUGUUGUUGCCCAUGGAGAUGGUCUGGAGCGACAGCUAGUAGCCUAUGUUGUGGCUGAUAGCGAAGCUGGAGAUCGUCCAGUCCUGGAAAUCAAUGAUUCAGGACACAGCCCUGCAGCUCGUCGGGUCUUAGAGCCAUACCUUGCUCAUUACAUGAUCCCAGCCUUAUGGGUUGCCUUGAAAGAGCUGCCUACGAAUGAAGUCUCCGGCAAGGUUGAUCUUAAGAGCCUUCCAUCUCCUCGCAGCUCAAGUCCAGUCAGUAGCGAGCAGUCGGUGGACAAGGAUCCCAUCAGCAUUAAUGAUAUUGCUACCAUUUGGGCCAACGUUCUCAAGACCUCGAAAUCUCUCCUCAAGCCCGAGGAUAAUUUCUUCGACCUGGGUGGUCACUCGCUGUCACUCGCUGACCUGGCAUCCAGGUUCUCUAGACACUUUGGCUUCCGUGUGAAGAUCCCAAGUCUUGCCGAGAACACUACGCUGGCUGGUCAUUUGAACACCGUUCGCGCCACUCGAGAUGGUCACACUGCUGCUAUUCAAGCCGAUCUCCCCGCUAUUCUAUGUGCAGAUUCGACAUUAGAUGAGGAUAUCAAGCCUGCAGCGGAUACCAAGUUCACUUCCAUCGCCUCGGCUGAUACCGUGCUUUUGACUGGUGUGACUGGUUUCCUGGGCGCUUUCUUGCUAAAUGACCUCCUUGAAAACACUUCAGCCAAUAUAAUUUGCUUAGUACGAUUCAGCGACCCAGAGGAUGAUGACCAGGCUGGUGGUGUUGCUCGUAUUCGCCGCAAUCUCCUUGACCUGGGGCUAUGGCGUGACACCAUCAUGGAACGCGUGGAAGUUCUUCCUGGAAACCUGUCCAGAGCGCGUUUCGGUUUAUCGCUCGAACAAUUCGACGAUCUUGCCUCUCGAAUCCAGGUCAUCGUCCAUGCUGCGGCCACUGUCAAUCUUGUCUACCCCUAUGCUGCCCUUCGCUCAGCCAAUGUUGGCGGUACCCGAGAGGUUCUCCGUUUAGCUUCCAAGGGAGGCGCAACAGUUCAAUACGUUUCGACAAACGGUGUCUUACCUCCCUCCCCUACUGGAGGCCGUGGCUGGUCUGAGGAUACUAUGCUCAGUAUCGAUGAGGUUCCAACUAAAUUACUAGACGGUUAUGGACAGACAAAAUGGGUUGCUGAGCAGCUUGCAUUAAAGGCCCGGCAGCGUGGAAUCCCACUGAGGAUUCAUCGUUGCGGUACCAUCAGCGGACACAGUAUCACUGGCUCGGCCAAUGCGUGGGAUUUACUCACCGCGUUGAUGGUUGAGUCUGUUAGAAUUGGCUACGCCCCAGAUGUGGAAGGCUGGCGAGCAGAGAUGACCCCAGUUGACUUUGUCAGUCAAUCAAUCGUUCAUCUCGCCACACAAACAGAACCCGAACAGACUGUCUACCACCUCGGUGACCCAGAUCCCAUCAACACCAAAUCUGUCUUUGAGAAUCUGAAAGACCUCGGCUAUCCAACUGAAUUCCUCCCAUGGGACGAGUGGGUUGCCCUGUGGACCGAAAAGCGAGGCUCAGCAAAGGGAGGAGACGGUUCAUUUACCGUUGACAUUCUCCGCAGUGGUAUGCCCACAGUGGAAUUCCUUCGCGGUAUCGUUGUCCUCGAUAACGCCGUGACUCGACCUUUCCGCCUAGUUGUCGAGAGACCCAAGGUUGACGCCCUUCUCCUUGAGACAUAUGCUCGCCAUUGGUUUGCCCGUGGUUGGCUUCCUCGACCCCCAUCUCGCAAGCAUGCCCUCGGCCGCUCAGCAGUAUCCAAGCCAAUCUCCCGUGGCCCUCUCAGUGGACAAGUCGCUGUCGUUACAGGAGCCUCAUCGGGAAUCGGAGCCGCUGUCGCCAAUGCUCUCGCCAAACAAGGCUGUGCCGUUGCCCUCGGUGCCAGACGACUAGACGCACUCGAGUCAGUCCAACGCAGCGUUGAAUCCCACGGCGUGAAAUGCAUUAUCCGCUCAACCGACGUCACAAACAGAGAUCAAACCGUUGAACUCUUCCAAGCAGCCAAUGAUGAGCUCGGUCCAGUCGACAUCCUCGUCGCCUGCGCCGGAGUCAUGUACUUCACAAUGAUGGCCAACACCCAAACAGACGAAUGGGAACGCACCGUCGACGUAAACUGCAAGGGUCUCCUCAAUUCCCUCUCCUCCAGUGUUCCCGGCAUGCUUUCCCGUGGUCGCGGGCACAUCGUCGCCAUCUCAUCCGAUGCUGGUCGUAAAGUCUUCCCCGGUCUGGGCGUCUACUCAGCCAGUAAAUUCUUCGUCGAAGCUACACUCCAAGCUCUUCGUCUUGAGACAGCCGGUGCUGGAUUAAGAGUAACCAGCAUUCAGCCUGGUAACACAUCUACGCCGUUAUUGAACAUGUCCACGGAUACCGAGGCAGUGAAGAAGUAUGGCGAACCAUCUGGUGCGAAGAUCUUGGAUCCGUCUGAUGUGGCGAACUCAAUUGUGCAUGCUCUUUGUCAACCGGAGUAUGUAUCUGUGAAUGAGAUCCUUGUGGAGCCUAGGGAUGAGCCUAUUUAA